AUGGCAGCUUUUAUGACAAUCUCUCGGGAUAUUGGCCCAAUUUUUCAGUACUAUUUAAACCAAACGACCUUACCGUUUAUAGUAAACGUAAAUUUAACAAUGUACGUAAAAAGUCUUGUUUUAUGUGUUGCAAUUCUCCAAUUUCUUGAACAAAGUUGCUCUCAUGUUUUAAACAGAAAUGUAACUGAAACCGACUGUGAAAACAUUUGUACGAGCUCAGAAGCCCAAUUUGAAUAUGAUGUUGAAACGAAGCUGUGUACUUGUUUAUUACCAAAAACAGUCGAUGGCACAGACCUUGAACUUGUUCAUAAAAAUGCAAAUUCGAUCGGUAAAACACUAAAAACUAUCGAAAUAUUAAAUCAUGAUGGUAUAAUAAUAAAAAGGGAAGUUCCAAGUGUUUCGACUACUGAAACAACCGAAUUAUCUACAACAACAACAAGUCCCGAAACUACAACUGAAGUCAUUGAAACCGACCAAAAAACCUCCUCGAAAUCGGACGACUUCGAGCCUAAUUUCAGUUUUGAAGAAACGGUGGGUCAGCAGCAGCCACAAAGACGCGUGAUCCACCGCCUUGUGACCCCGAGACGUCCCCGUGACCCCCGACCGAUCUCCCCUGACCAACAAAGAAUACUUUUGCAACAAAUCCGUGACCACCUCAAUCGCCUGAGUCAAGUUUUCGAUUCCCGAGUCCGCGAAAUGGAAAUUGAAGCGAUCAGAAACAACCUGCGACAGUUGUCCCACACUGUUUUAAUUCAGACACCUCAGCAACGAUCCCGGAUGCGAAAUGUGGUGGAAGAGGCGCGACAAAGGCGCCGGAUGCAACACAGACUUGGGGCUUCCGAAAAUGCAACCGUGAAACACGAAAACGAGGUAGAUAUAGCCCUUAAGGACCUUCUCCAUGGCAAAAAACGCCACGAGAUUAUUACGCAAGACCCGAGUUUAGUGGAUGAAUAAAAUGAAACAACUUUUUGCUCAAUUUUUUAUAUUUGCGUAACUUAA